AUGAUUGGUUUACUGCAUCGUCCAUUGUGUUUUGAAAUUAGAUGCUUUAAAGAUUUCAAUAAAACAAUUUCAUUAUCAUUGUUUUCACUAAAGGUAUUAAAAACUACUUUUAAGAUCACUUUUAGCAAGAAAUCAUCAUUUAGUAAGAGAUCAUCGAUUUUAACAGCAUUAUCAUUGUUUUCACUAAAGAUACAUAGACAAGCCAAUCGAUUAAUAAGUUUCUCGAUAAUACAAUUGGAAACAGCAGACUUGGAGGGUUGGAUCAAAGAUAAGAGAAUGUUAAAUGGUAUAAAGGUGAUUGAAUUGGCAGGAUUAGCACCAGCACCAUUCUGUGGUAUGGUGAUGGCUGAUUUGGGAGCUACAGUCAUACGAGUCGAUAGAGUACAAGAUGACGGUACGAUAGUCGGCCAGCCAAUGGACCAAUUGACACGUGGAAAGAAAUCAAUAGCAAUCAAUUUAAAACAAAGAGAGGGUGUUGCCCUGUUGGCAGACCUAUGUGCUCAAUCCGAUGUACUGAUCGAUUGCUAUCGACCUGGUGUAUUGGAGAAGCUGGGGUUGUGUCCUAGAAUGCUUCUAGAAAAGAAGAAUCCUCGUCUCAUCGUUGCCAGGUUGACUGGAUAUGGGCAACAAGGUGAUUAUGCCAAGAUGGCUGGUCACGACAUCAACUACAUUGCUCUGUCUGGUGCUCUCUCGCUCUUUGGUAGAAAGAAUGAACCACCGGUCUUUCCAGCCAACAUCUUGGGUGAUUUUGCAGGUGGAGGUUUAUUAUGUGCAUUUGGUAUAGUUGUAUCACUUUAUAAUCGUUCUGUAACUGGAAAGGGACAAAUUAUAGAUUCAUCAAUGAUGGAUGGAGCAGCGUAUCUAUCAACAUUUGUAUAUAAACUUAAACAAGCACGUAAUGGAAUGUGGGAUAAUGCAAGAGGUGAUAAUUUCCUAGACACUGGUGCACAUUACUAUGAAGUGUAUCGAACCAAAGAUAACAAGUAUAUCUCUGUUGGUGCAAUCGAACCCCAUUUCUAUGCUACUCUAAUUGCCAAGAUGGGAUUGAGUAGUGAGGAAGUUGAUCAACUACCAGACCAAAAUGACAGUCAACAAUGGCCUGCCAUGAAGAAAAGAUUUCAAUCUAUUUUUGAAACAAAAACAAGAGAUGAAUGGGAAUCAAUAUUUAAAGGUACCGAUGCUUGUGUAGCGCCAGUUCUAGAAAUGGAUGAAUUACAUAACCAUCCUCACUCAUCUAGAUUAAUUAAUAAUGAAAAGGAAAUUAAUCCUGCUCCAAGAUUCCUUAUUCCAGUCGCCGCGACAAAGAAUGAACAAUCACAACAACAAGCUAACACUAUUGUCACUGGUGGAGAUACUAUUCAAGUACUAAAAGAUUUGUACCAAUAUUCACCUUCUACCAUUACAUUAUUAAUUAAAUCCAAUAUAAUUGGUCAAGAAGGAUACCCUAAAACAUCCUCUCUUUAA